AUGGUGGUCAAGGCGUCGGAGAUCGCGCCCGCCGCGUACGCCGUGGGCAGCACGAGCAGCGUGCAGAAGGAGGACGACCUGGUGUACGACCUGGGCAACCUGGCGGCCUUCGACACGCACCCGUUCACGUACCAGAACGAGAAGGAGCUCGCCCUGCACGCGCGCGAGAAUGUGCAGCUGCUGAUCAACCACAUCUUCGAGCUGCCGCGCGAGAUGUCGGACAUGGGUCCGCUGGCGCAGCUGCCCGAGCCCAGCACGGUGAUCCCGCGCGAGAAGCCGCUGCCCAAGCCCAAGGUCGAGACCAAGUGGGAGAAGUUCGCCAAGGAGAAGGGCAUCGAGAAGCGCAAGAAGAGCCGCAAGGUCUUUGACGAGAACACGGGCGAGUGGGGCCACUCGUGGGGCUACCAGCGCGCGGGCGACGACAUGAAGGACUGGGCCGUCGAGGUCAAGGAGGGCGACAUGGAGGACCCGUGGACCAAGCGCAAGCAGGAGAAGCGCGCCCGCGUGGACAAGAACCUGCGCGCGCAGGCCAACAACCUCAAGCAGGGACGCGGCAAGCAGCUUGCGGGCAUAGCCGGCCGCACGCCCACCGGCAUCCCCGUCGAGCUCAUGAACACGGACGACGCCAAGGCCAAGCAGCGCGGCAAGGAGGGCACCAACAAGACCCUGGAGAAGGUGCAGUUCUCCACGGCCUCCAUGGGCAAGUUCGACAAGAUGCGCGAGGGCGAGUCGGAGCGCAAGAUCAAGGGCAAGCGCAACCACUUCCUGCCGACCACCGGCGCCGAGGCCACCGAGAAGGAGCGCAGCAUGAACGCGCUCAAGCGCGUGCUCGGACGCGAGGAGAACGCUGGCAAGAACAAGGGCAAGACCUUCAACGACGAGGAGGAGGCCGAGGGCGGCAAGCGCAAGAAGAAGGGCAAGAAGCUCAAAAACAUCACCAAGGGCGCUGCCAAGAAGCGGCGGACCAAGUAA